UUUGUUCACACAUUUAUAAUUGUAUUUAUUUAUAUAACUUAGUGUAACUUGCUGUAGCGAAAUAAAUAAAUGUGUCAACUUCAUCGAUCAAGUCAGGAGCCGGGUUAAAGCCUCUGAUUGGUGGGCCUGCAGCCUCAGUUGCUGCAUCAUCUCCGCGAGGAUCGUCCAUACAUCUUCAUUUCUGUGUCAGUCAGGGCCGAUAUCAUUACAUUUUCCUCAGCAAAGCCCUAAAAAGCACAGGAAUUGGCAUCUGUAUGGUGGUAUUACUGUAGCACAGCUAUGGUUAGAAUUUUAUCUUUAUCUUAUCCACAAACAAUUUAUUUGUCCCGUUUUGCACGUAUCAGAGAGAAAAAAACAGACUACAUUAAUACCAUCCCACUUCCUUGUUGGAAUUAUAGGUAGACAUCAGACUUUCUGAUCAUACUGUCUGCUAAUAUUUGACUUUUGUUCCAGGUUCUUCGUUCCAGUUCAGAGAAUACUGGCUGCUGGUUGGGAGGAAGGGCUGUUUCAGCUAGUUACUAAGUGUACAGGAGUUUAACACAUUUUAGUGCACGUUACAAACUAAGCUAAAUACAAACACCGUCAAAUAGAGUAGAGGACAGAGAAGCUAGCGCAACCAUAAAUGACAGCAAACCGCGGUAGAGACCAGGCCCGGACUGGCAAUCGGGAGCACCGGGACUUUUCCCUGAACUCAACACUGCUCUGCGCGCUGUGACAACAGAGAGAGAGAUGUUUUGUUUGGCAGCAAGUACAUUUAGUGCUAAAUGACUUAGCAGCUAGAUGGACGGUGGAAAAAAGAGGAAAACACCCAUGGGGUGGGGCAGAGAGAUGGAAAGAGAGGAAAAAAAGAAUGCAGGAAAUCAAGUCUCCCGGCCUGAAUGAUUUUCUCUGUUCAGCUCUGGGCCCUGGACACACUCAAACGUCCCCCAAGAACACCUCAAUGCCCCCUUCAAAAAUAUUGCUUCCAGCACCCUUAGAUGUUCUCUGAAUGCCCCCUGAGGGGGUACCGACUCAUUGAGAAAUGCAAUUUGUUCAGAAAGAAGAACCACUCUACAAGAAAAUAGGUGACAAAGCUGUUCUCACACCAGCCUCUGCAGUGAAUCCCAUCACCAGUAUAGUGUGGAAACAUGGACCUGAUCUUGCCAUGGAGUGGUAUGGAGACGAGACUUACUCCUAUCGACACCUCAAAGAUCGUGGUUCGCUGAACACUUUAACUGGAGCGCUGACGAUCACAGGACUGACUCUACACGACAGCGGCAGCUACACAGUAGAGAUCAACAACAAAGUCACCAGCAAGACUGAACUCCUGGUUAUCUCUCCUGUCUCUAAACCCACCAUCUCCAUAUGUUGUGAACCUGAGAUGACCUACUGUGUCCUCACCUGUAAUGGCGACACCACAGAUGCUGAACCAGUCACCUACUGGUGGACAUCAGGUGACAAAACAUGGUCUUCAACCAAGGAACACAAAAUAACAAAGGAAGAUGAUGAGCUGUGGUUCAGCUGUAUGCUUAAAAACCCAGUCAGCUUCAUCAGCAGUGAAAUAGUCUUCAACCCCUUCAAUAAAGAACCACUCUACGGGAAAAUAGGUGACAAAGCUGUUCUCACACCAGCCUCUGCAGUGAAUCCCAUCUACACCAUAGAGUGGAAACAUGGACCUUAUUUUGCCAUAGAGUGGAAUGGACACGAGACUUUCUCCUACCGACAAUUCAAAGAUCGUUGUAUACUGAACACUUCAACUGGAGCGCUGACGAUCACAGGACUGACUCCAGACGACAGCGGCAGCUACACAGUAGAGAUCAACAACAAAGUCACCAGCAAGACUGAACUCCUGGUUAUCUCUCCUGUCUCUAAACCCACCAUCUCCUUAUUGUGUGAGCCUGAGAUGACCUACUGUGUCCUCACCUGUAAUGGUGACACCACAGGUGCUGAACCAGUCACCUAUAACUGGACAUCAGGUGACAUGACGUGGUCUUCAACCAAGGAGCACAAAAUAACAAUGGAAAAUAAGGAGCUGUGGUUCAGCUGUGCGUUGAAAAACCAAGUCAGCUUCAGUGAAUUCAGUGAAAAAGUCUUCAACCCCUUCAUCAAAAGGGAUUGGACAUGGAUGUACAGCCUGAUAGGAGUGAUUCUGGUUGUGUGCAUCAUCGGCUUCUUAAUAUACAAAUUCAGAAAAGGGGAUGUGAGAUUCACGUUCAUGUUAAUAGCAGUUUGUAUUUCAGGUGUGUGCAACAUCAUCAUCAAUUUCAUAUACAAAGGCAGAAAUGGUAAGAAGUCACAAAAUAUUGUAUUUAUUUUGAUGCACUAAAUAAACUAUUUUGGUGGUUUGAUAUGAAAAAAAUCUUUG